AUGUUUUCAUCAAAUCUUUUUGUGGUAUCCAAUUCAUUCAAGUCACUGAUCUCAAGAACUAGUGCAAGGAGCAUUAGUUUAUUUAGCAGUCCUGGCUUCAAACUUUCCAAAAGUGACAUUAAGCAGCUUACAACAACUCAAUUAUUGGUUAAACUUGGAUAUAUUAGACAGCCGCAUGCCGGAAUAACGCAAUGGCUACCACUUGGAUUGAAAACAUUGAGAAAUAUCGAAGGGCUCAUUAGAAAGAAGUUAGAUGAUGCCGGUGUGAUAGAAGUGUCGCUUUCUUCCCUAUCGCACAGCGUACUUUGGCAGAAAACAAACAGAUGGGCAAACGAUGAAUUGUACAAGUUGAAUGAGGAUUACUGUUUAGCAGCAACUGCUGAAGAAGAUAUCACUGCUUUGGUGAAAGAAUACGCUCAAUCGUAUAAAAACUUGCCGCUGCAGGUGUAUCAAAUCAACAGGAAAUACAGAGAUGAAAAGCGGGCAAGAGGAGGGUUGCUUAGAGGCCGUGAGUUCAUAAUGAAGGAUGCUUAUAGUUUUGACGUCAACAAAGAUGAGGCCUUGAAAAGUUUUAAGAAAUUCAAUGAAAUAUAUCUAUCCAUUUUCAAAUCUCUCAGGAUACCAUUUCUCAAGGCCAAUGCCGACGCCGGAUCCAUAGGUGGUGAUCUUUCUUACGAGUGGCAUUUUCUUUCGGAUAAAGGCGAAGACACGCUCUUUAUCUGCGAUAAUUGUGGAACUGCUGGUAAUGUCGAAAAAGUGCGUCCAUAUGUUGAUUUAAAUGCACAGUCUGCGGCCAAAGCUCAGAUGACGUAUUUCUUAACUACUGGAGGUAGUUUGGCUGUAUUUUAUUACCCAAGUGACAGGAAGUUGAAUUUAAAGUUGUUUGAAUCGUUAAAUUUGGUUCAUUUAAAUUCGAAAUUCAGAGACCAGAAGAAGAUUGUUGAGGUAUUUCAACAAAAGCAACGAGCUUCCGGUGGAUGGACUAAUGUUAUUAUAGUUUACGAUGUUGGUUGUGGACAGAAUACCACUUAUCCGAAACUUGCUGUGAAGGCUGACCCUAAAUUUACAACUGUUUUCAAGAGUCUCGAUAUUACAGAUGUGAAAGAAGACGAUCUCUGUCCAGCUUGUAACGGUAAAGGCCAUUUGCAUUCCAAAAAAGGAAUAGAGGUGGGGCACACGUUUUACUUGGGAAAGAAAUAUUCGGUUCCUUUGGAUGCCAAGUUCAGCGAUAAGAAUGGUAAAAUGCGUUACUACGAUAUGGGAUGCUAUGGAAUUGGUGUGAGUAGAUUGCUAGGUUCGAUUGCAGAAGUUUUAAGGGAUGACAAGGGGUUGAAAUGGCCUGCGAUCAUUGCACCUUUCCAUGUUUCGAUUAUUCAGGUUGGUAAAAGUAGUGACAGGUCGACAGAUUGCGAUCAGAAGUUGAAUGAGCUAAUUAAGAAAUUGCAAAGUUUGCACAUUGAUGCUAGAUUUGGAAAUGGAAACUUCACAUUUGCACAAAAUAUGAGAGUGUCCAAAGCUUUGGGUAUUCCGUUGCAGAUUAUUGUUGGCAAGACAUAUCCAAAGCUUGAAAUUGAGAUUAGAGGUAAUGUUUAUGGAGAUACGGGCAAACACGAAUUAGAGGCAAGGGCAGAUGAGCUUGGCGUAGUCCAUACUGAGAGAAAUGGCUUUGAGAAGUACUUGGUUGAUAUAGAGCAUGCUGACAAAGCUAUUGAGCUUCUACUUAAAGAUAUGUGA